UAUUAAACUGACAUAGACAUGUUCUGUUACGUUGACAUAAAAUUUACCAAAUUUUAACAAAGUAUUUUUGUGAACGAAAAUCUGAAGAAAACAUGGCGUCGCACAUAGAAAAUAAAGCCAUUCAGCUAAGACAGGAGGCGGCGAAGAAAUUGAAUCCUUCUGGAUUCUUCAAGACCUUGUUUGGAAACGGCAAUAAGCCAGAAGAAGCCAUAGAAUAUUACACCAGAGCAGGGAAUUUAUUCAAAAUGGCCAAGAAUUGGGUUCAGGCCGGCAUAGUAUUUGUGGAUGCGGCGGAAUUAAAUUGCAAAGUAGAAGAUUACCUCGAGGCAGCUAUAAAUUACUCGGAAGCGGGCAAUUGUUUCAAAAAAUGCGAUUUGUCGAAAGCUAUAGAAAAUUAUAUGAAGGCGAUUAAGCUGUAUUCGGAAAUGGGUAAAUUUCUUACUGCCGCCAAGCUCCACCAAUCCAUCGCGGAAGUGAUGGAAGACGACCGCGACAUGACCGGAGCCAUCGUGCAUUACGAAAAAGCGGCGGAUUUGUUCAGAGACGAGAACCAUCAUUCUAUGGCGAACAGGUGCAUGCAAAAGGUCGCCGAAUUUUCCUCGUUGGAGGGAAAAUACCAGAAAGCCAUCAAGAUUUUUCAGGAUAUUGCAUGUUUUGAUCUGUCCAGUUCACUAAUCCAAUAUAACGCCAGAGAAUAUUUAUUUAGAGCCGCUAUUUGUCAUUUAUGCAAUGAUCCUGACAUAGUAGAAACAAUUAUAAAUCGUUAUUGUGAUAUGUCUAUACAGUUCAAAGACUCGAAAGAAUGCCAACUAAUCCUGUGCCUUCUAGACUGUAUUGAGCUUAAAGACGUAGAGGGAUAUGCAAACACAAUCAGGAUGUACGAUGCCGCUUCAAAGUUGAGCAUGUGGCAUGUAACAAUGCUUUUACGAGCAAAAAACGCGAUUGAAACGGACUGUAUUCGAUAAUAAAGAAAAAAUAAAUAAUUAAAUAUU